AUGGCUCAUUCGGAUCAGAUCUUAGCACUAAAAAGAAAGCGUACGUCAAUAAAGGCUGCGUGUACCCGAAUAAAAACAUACGCGGAUUCGGUGACUCAAUUGACGCCGGAAACGGUAGCAAAUUUAGAGGAAAGAAAAGAUAAAUUAGCUAGCUAUUGGAAGGAGUAUGACUGGCAAUCUGAGAUAGAGGCGAUCUGCGACGGUGAGGGAGGAGAUCGCGAGGCGUUUGAAGAAAUGUUUUUCGGAUUGACGGCAGCGUUGCGCUGCAAGAUUGCGGGAUAUAAUCGCGUGCCUUCCAAUAGCCGCUCCGCAGUGUCUACCCCGGUAUCCGUCGGCGAGUCGGGCACCUCUGCAUGCGGAGUACGAUUACCGAAAUUAUAUCUACCAAAAUUCGCGGGAAAAUACGAGGAUUGGUUUCCUUUUUAUGAAAUGUUUAACUCCAUAAUAAAUGAUAAUCCGUCCUUGAGCGGCUUCCAAAAAUUUCAAUAUUUGAGAGCAUCUAUGACAGGCGAGGCAGCAAUUAUAAUUCAAUCGCUGGAAUUGACUGAUUCAAAUUAUCAAGUAGCUUGGGAUUUAUUAAAACAGAGAUAUGAUAACAAACGCGCUAUAGUGCAUACGCAUCUACGCGCUCUGUUCGAGCUGCCAAAUAUCGCGAAAGAAAAUGCUGUUGAGCUGCGUAGGGUGGCGGACAAUGCCGCGAAACACAUACAAGCAUUGAAGGCACUGCAUUGCCCUACGGAGCAUUGGGACACGCUGCUUAUCAAUACUUAG